CCCCGCCCCGGAGCGCGGCGUCGCUAGGGACGCUUCGGUCGAGGCAACCGAAAUGGAGCAGGAAGAGGGACUGACGGCUGUGGACAAUAUCGUCACUCAGUUCAACACCUAUGAAGACUUUCUCGACUCGCAAAUCACGACGGUGGACUUGUACUACCUGGAGGAUGAAAGCCUGGCCCGCCAGUUGGUGGAGCUAGGUUACCGAGGAACUGGAGAGAUAAUGAAAAGGGAAGAUUUUGAAGCAAGAAAGGCAGCUAUAGAGAUUGCAAGGCAGGCUGAAAGAACACAGAAAAAGACCCUAACAAGUGCUGGAAAAAUUCUGCAAGACAAUUUUCUGAAGGCCCUGGCAGUGAGAGAAGAAGACAAUCUCAGUGGGAAAGUGAGCUCUAUAAUCUUCAUUCGUGACAAAAAUUCUCAUGGACAAGAGAUAUCGGGAUACAUAGACUAUGCCCACAGACUAAAGAUGCAGAAUUUUGAAGUCUACUUUAGUGGGAAGAAAAAACUUCUUCCAAGGGCCACAGAUCUGAGCUUUUACAACUGGGACAGUCAUAUUGCUGUGUGUAAUUCAAGUCCCAACUAUCAAGUGAUUGCUGAUAACCCAGAUGGCUUACUUUUCAAAUACAAAAGAGACAGAAAAAUUCUCAAUGUGGAUCCAAAGGUUCAACCAGGUGACAAUUCUACUAGAAUCUCUAUCCAGACAGAUCUCUACAUGCAAGCAGUCAUUUUUGACCACAUUUCCAGAAGAAAGACUUAAGUACCCACAUGUUAGGCGGUUCUGCAAUCGUUUGCUAAAUUUAAGAGAAUUCUGUAGCCAGAAGCAAAUUAGAAUAAUAUAUGAGUUCCAUAACUGGGAGAUAAAUUAGGAUAAUAAGCUAACAAAAUACAAUAGAAA